GUGCCUGGUGGAAAGGAAACUUCCAAAGCAUGUCCAAUUAGUAAUUGCUUUACCAUGGCUGCAACUAAAACUGCAACCGAGGAACAUAUUUCUCUGAAAGUUUUGGUUGAUGAAAAGAAAAAUAGGGUUUUGUAUGUCCAUGCAGGGAAGGACUUUGUGGAUAUUCUUCUAAGCUUCUUAACUUUACCGUUGGGCACCAUUGCUAGGCUUGUGGGUAAGGACUCGAACAUGAACAAGGUUAGCGUUGGAAGCUUAAGUUCAUUGUAUGAAAGUGUGUGCAAUAUGGAGAAUAAGCAUUUUUGGACUGACACGUGCAAGGAAAUGCUGCUUCAACCAAGGAGCUCCAUGGAAAGCUAUUGCCACAAUAUUAAGCUCAACAUCGAUGGCACAGAAAAAACACAGUACUUCAUAUGUCAGAACUUGAAAUGUAUUAGUAACCCUAAUGUUGGUUUGUUGAGCACAUUCAAGAAUCAAAAAUGCAAAUGUGGGAGGCUCAUGAAUCGGGUGAUACAUUUUCAUAGUUCACUUGCAAUUAAAAAUGAUGGCUAUGGAUUCGUUCCAGAAACGGCAGCUUUCAUCAUUACAGAUGACCUAAAAGUCAAACCUGAUGAUUUUCAAUUUUCAUGUCUACUCAUGAAUCAUCGAUAUGAAGACUUAGAUGCAAUCAAACUAGUAACUGUGAAUGUCACUCAGAAAGACGUACUUGAUUUACUCAAAUGCUCGUUACUCUCGACCACACCUUUAACGGAUGUGUUAUUACUUAAGAAACAGAUAAUUGAUAAAUUGCAAUUGGGUUUUGAUUUUGGUAUUCGUGAGCACGACGCUAAAAGUGGAAUUCAGAAUAUGAAAUUAAAGGUAAUGUUAAGGAAGUCCAACAAAUUAGUGUUGUUUGCUUUAGCGGAAGAGGAUUUUGUGGACUUCAUUUUUAGUUUUUUGACCUUCCCACUAGGAGGGGUGGAACACAUGUUGAAUGGGAAGUCUUGCUUAGGAAGCAUAGAUAAUUUAUACAAGAGUGUGCUUGAUUUGGAUUGUUAUCGAUAUUUGAGGUCCCCAGAUCUAAAGGAAAAGCUCGUUAAGACUCCCAUUGCACAUCAAUUUAAACUGCACAACAACAUAUUGCCGAUUGAUGAAAUGCCUUCCUCUAAUUACUCUCACUUCUAUAAAUAUGAUUCAUCAACUAAAACGAUAGUUGAUAAUAGUUUUUUGACUGCCCUACAAGAAUAUAGAUCUAAAUUUAUUGGGUCUUUUUAUAAGGAGGUUUAUUGUCCUUUGAGUUAUUUGGAGCCACCGUCAUCAAAUGGUAGCAAGCAUGGCGGAAGAGCAUUCGUGAAAAAGCCAUCACUGUACAUGGUGACAGACGAUUUUGUCGUCACACCAAGUUCAUCCUUUUCUGCCGUUUCUUUUGUCAGCAACUCCGGUGUUCCUCUUUCUGAUUUGGAGGAAAAAGUUAUCAACAUUGGCCAAAAGGAGGGUCUUAGUAUUCUAAAAGCUUGUUUGAUUUCCUCGUCAACUCUGACAAAUGGUCUCAGUCAAUUCCUUAAAAUCCAGGAUGAGGAGAAGAUCCCUUCCAUCAAGAAGCCUUCGUUACAAAAAUAAGUCGAUGCGACAAUUGAAUUAUGGGAAAAAGAAAACAUCGAAUUUUUGCUGAUUUAAUCUUUUUUUUUUUUUUGGUAUUGAACUUUUUGCUGGCUUUGCUGUAAUUUUUGGAACUUUUGCUGGACCUGAGACGUAUGAAAUGAUAAUGAUUCAUUGUUUUUGAAAUU